ACAAAACCCUGACAGAGAAAUUUAUCUCGACUGUAGCCCUGCCCACAUUGACCAUUUUUCAUAUUUGCUCACUUCAAGCUGGAGUUUGUGGAAAAUUUACAAUGGUAUUAUGCUUUUGCUGAUGCACCAGUACUGGUUAAACACAAUUAGGCUAGUUAUUUAAGUGUUUGUAAUUGAGCACAAUUUCCUGCAGUACCUGUAACAAAAUGUGGGAGAGAAGACUGAAACGACCUUUUAAAACUUCAGAAUAAAAUAUCGUAUAUUUGUUUCUGCUCACCAAAUUAAAGUUAGUGUGAAUGCUGCCUGUUUUAUCCAUUCGGAGAUGGAAAGUAUACCAGUGGUUAAAAAAGCCCAUCAAUUAUUUACGUAUGCCAUGCAUGCCUGAGAAACAGCCAUUAAGUUUAAAGAGAGAAGUAAUGACCGAGGGUUUCGUUUUGUUUAAGUGAAAACAUAUAAUGGGAGUUCAAAGACAAACUGAAAAGUAAGGGGUAGAUACCAAAGCGUGUCUUCCUAAUAGUCGUGUUUGGGACUCGUUGUAGACGGCUUACACCAGCGCUCGCUGCUGGUUAUGCUUUCUGUUAUCGAUGAGGCUUUAGUCUUUCGCGUGCGGGUGAAAUGAAAAAUACCUGCCCCCGGCCCAUCGAAAAAAAAAGAAUGACAUUGAAUAAGGAAUAACAAACAUCUUAUGCACAUGCUUCAAUUAAUUUUUUAAAAGGACAAAUGAACUAUACAUGCCGAAGAAUAUUUCAAAAGUGAUCUAACAACAAAAAAAGAACAAAAGAAAAAACAAAAAACGUUAUGAAAAUUACACCAAAAUAGUGAAAGUAUAUCCUGCAACAAGAAAACAACCAGACAAACAUACGACAGCACCCAACAUUAUUAAAAUUCAUAAAUUUAUAACAAGUAAGACUUGUCGAGUUAUGUGGAUGGUCCAUAUCUUUGAUUCUCUAGAUUAAUUUCUUCAGGGAAUAAUUUAUAAAAAUGAAGAUACCAUACCUCACCUCCUCUCGGGGAUGAAACAGUGUUGACGACGGCGGAGGUCGGAAACUGGUUUGUAAAUAAAAUCUCUUUUACUGUUUGGUUAUUUUAAAAUUGCUUAAUUGAAAUUUUACAUUACCUUGAAUGAUUUAGGAACAGAUAUGUUUGUGUGCAAUCUCUAAAUGAUGUUAUAGGAAAAAUGUCACUUGGUUUUUUACACAACAUUAAACAUUUUAUACAGGCCUAAAUGUACAUGUUUUAUAAUUUGACUUCUACUCCAGAAGAAAGGGCUGGAAACAAAUCAUUUGUCACCAUUUGUAAUUGUGAAAGCUACUGAUGUAAUUGCAGAUUGACACGAAAUUUUAAUCUUUGUGGUGUCCCUUUAAUCAGGGUGUUGACAUUGUUGACGCUCAGCCACCCGAACACAAUACAUAUACUACACUAUAGCAUAAUGUAAUCUGUCUUUAACGGAAACUACCACAGAUAAAGUCGACCUUCGGUACUGAACCUGUCGGCUGUGAUGCUGGUGGACAGAGUAGGCAUGGGACUCGGCGUAAUAUUAAGAUAUUUAUCUCUGCCCUUACUCAAUAAUGGAUUGUAUUAAUGUAGAUAUUACUGGCGGCGUGUUUGCCAUGUAUUUUUGAUGGUAUUAUUGUUGUCGCGUGACAACUUGCUCAUGGAUUUAUCACUAAUCCCAUCUGCACGCACAUGAUUCCCUCAUCUAGUAUCCAUACGCAUUUCAUUUAAGUCUUUUAAAUUGUCUGCUGAAAGCAUACUGCAGUCUUGUAUUCCUUUACAGUUAGUAGUGUCCACCUUGUACGAAACAAUGGCUAAUAAUUCAAUGUCUUGUGAUUAAAUAAUCAAUUAAGAAGGUAGUUCUAUUUUGUACGCGGAUGAAUACAAGGCGAGUCCAGUGCGUUAAUCCAUAAUCCCUUUCCGCUGAGCCGACCGAGUGUCGCACAAAGCCGCACAGAUGUCUAAAUCUCACGCUGGAAUUCACGCUGCACAUCUUCGUUUUCGACACUGCUGCCCGGAUGAAUCAUAUGGUAGCAGUUUUCCCGUCUGAACUGGAAUUUUGCGGACAUUUUCGGACCGUUUCUGAGGUGGAAACGGGUCUUGUUUUGAUGCCUAAUCGGCUCAGGUCAUGGAUCUGCAGGAGCAAGCAGCAUCAGUACAUGGCAGCAUGCAGGAUCUAGCUGAGGCUUGGGUUGCAGCCAACGCAGAAACCAGCUUCAGGCGAAAUCAGCAAGAGACAGUUGGGCCGGCUGCCUCCUUCCCAGAAGACCCCUCGACGUCAGACACUUGCCAAGAUGUCAUUGCCAUUCCACCUGCUCCAGAGGACCAGAAGUUGCCCUCGGUGUCCGGCCAGUGUCAGGCCCCAGCUGCCAGGACCUCAGUGGUUUCUGCAUCGCGCAAGCGUAAGCAGGCCAGCCCCCAGCCCUGCCGAGAGGCUGUUGAUUUGGUGGGCACACCACCACCGGCCAAGACUGCUGUGAAAGAAAAGAUUACUCACGAAGCCAAACAUGGUAAAAUGCUGCCAGUCCACUGUUCUGUCGAGACGGUAGACCUCCCCUCCACCAAAGAGAAGGAGAGUGUGGUGGAGGGCUAUGCCAUUGUGCCCAGUACCUUGCUUCUGAAGGAGCUGGUACGAGUUGCCUUGAUCAAACUGGACUACACCAAGGACCAGAUCCGAAAUGCUACAGGUGUCAUUCAGGUGCAGAAUUGGAAGGCCCUUCCUUUCAGCAUGAUCACCGAUGACCCCCAGGCUACUGUCGGCCAGAUACUGGGGGACCUUCUCUCCUACAUCACACUCAAGAUUAAAAUAGCUAGCAGUCGCACUGCCCAUUUCCGCACUCCCUCCUCUGCCCCCUCCUCCUCUACCCCCAAUCCUACCCCUUCCCAAUCUCCCCUCCAGCAGCUUGGGUUGCAGCCCACCCUGCUAGGCUUCCCCCUGAAGAAGUCGUCGGCAGUGGCAGGCCAGGAGACGCUGGGAUCCCGGGGCGCCCAGGAGAUCCGCCUUAAGCUGCUGCAGCUGUUGGAGAAACGUGGCCCGACGAUGCUGGUCAGUCAUGGCUGCCCCUUCUCCCAGGGCACUGUGCUUGCUAUCCUCCAGGGCAAGUACACCAAACUUAUCCAGCCGGAGAAAUUGCAGUCCUUUUACCAGUGGUACAACAUCUACAAUGGUCUGAUGGACAACACGUUGGUGUCUGCCGAGAAGCUGGACAGUGUGCUGCCAGUCAAGCCCAGCUCUCGCCAUUGGCGACGGCCCCGGACACUGUUUGACCAGCGCUAUGAGCUGCCCCGGCUGAUGAGCUGGUACCGCAUGAACCCCCGACCCAGCCGAGCUGAGCUGGAGAUCUACUUGGCCGAGCUGAACUCGUCGGAAAGGCGCCGCAACUCCCACCCGCUCCAGUACUCCUCCAUUGCCAUCUGGUUUAAGAACGCCCGGGCCAAGUACCGCGGUGCGCGUGGCUUGAGCCCGGACUCACCUGAGGCAGAGCGAGCCCCUCGCACUGGCAAGGCGCCAGUGGGCCGUAUUGCUGAGAUGGGCGAGCGGAGGCGCGAGGCCGGCAAUGGCCCCCGGCAGACUUACAUCCAGCUGGGUCACUCAAAGGUCAAGACCGAGGGCAGGUCAAGAUUAGCCAACCAAAUUCGUUCACCUCAGAAGUCAGCCGAUCCUAUCAUGAGGGCUGACUCCAGAGGCAUGACUUGUAUCAGGACUAGCCUGAGCAAUGGCCACAUUAGCACAAACAACCAUGCAGGCACCUUGUUAUCAACUCCUGAUGUUUCCUCACUAAGAAUCAUGUCCAAAGUAGUCAGCAACAGCAGUGGUGUUGAGCAGGCAGCCAUCACAACGCCCUCAAGCAGUGCCGCUGCUUCGCCUCAAGUGACAGACAUUCGCAAGAUCGCAUCGGGGUUUGGCAUCAUGCUGUCGCCUGCCGUGCAAGACGUCGUAGCCACUGAGCGCAAACUCCAGCCUGUGGAGAACAUCAAAACUGAGGAGCCUGCCCAAAGUAGCACGAUGGCUGCAUCCCCACAUGACCCCAGCACUGUGCUGAAUCUGUCCAACUCCAAAGCAGCCGCAUCCACUGGCAAUUCCACCCCUGCCACCACCCAUCCCACUUCUGCCACCACUCUCGUCGUCCCUUCAAUCAGCAUGGCUCCUUCGAACAGCAUGACCUCUAUUCGAGUGCCGACAACCACCAUGGUGCACAACAGCAUGUCAAAUGGACCCACGCCGUCACAAAGCAAGCACGCUUCCCUCACGGACACUCAGCGGGGGCUGAGCAUCCCCCAGCAGAACAGCACGCAGAAAAACCUUGGCAACCGCCCAACCCGGAAGCGGUUCAACAUCCACCCAAGCCUUGAGGUGCCGAAGCUGCAAGCCUGGUUCUGCAUCAACCCCAAACCGGACCGCCACACCAUCGAACAGUUUGUGGCCGAGCUGAACCGAACGGAGUUUCGCAAGAACCAACCCAAGUAUGACAGCAGGAUUGUGUACGUGUGGUUUAAGAAUGCCCGCGCCAAGUACUCAAGACAGAAAAUUAAAGAAGGGGAAGAGAGCAAUGCUGACACCUCCAACUUGACCCUGACAUACUCCAAAGUCAUCCAGUUGUAGUAACUGACUUGCAGAAUUGUCAACAUUGCAAAUGCUGAAAGUACUACCUUUACUAAUGUGAUGCAUUUAAACCUUGUUAUUAUUUUAGUUUGGAUGCACCAUGAAAAAUGACUAAGUCCUUAAUGAGGGGUCAGAGAACAUGAUUUGUGUGGGAUUUUCUCAUUUUAAAUGUACAUGUAAAAACUGUCGUUUUAAUUGGAAAAAAAACAUAAUAGUUCAAAAACAAAAAGGUACAGCCUAUUAUUUACAUGGACAUGUAGCUCCUUGUGAAGGGCAAUGCUGCAUUAAGAUUGUUCAUUAAAUUUGAAUCCAUGUUGUUAAAAUGGUAGGGAAGUUCAAAUCUUUGAACAACUUGGAAAAAAAUCACACAUUCAUUACACUGUGCUGAACACAGUAAUUCUAAUUAAUUUUUUUUAAGAUACCACUGUUGAUGUGCAGGUAGUGAUUUGGUCUAUUGCAGAUCUUUGAGAUUAUGAAACUUUUACUUUGGGCAUACAUGUACAUUGACAAGAAGUUGGUUUCUUGUUCAUAGAGUGUUCUUUAAACAAUUUAUCAAUGAUUCCAUCAUGUAGAAUUAUUCCAGAGUUUGAUUUACAUGAGUUUAGUGUUAUUGAUGUUAUUCUGUUUUAUGUAGCAAUUCCUGUAAACAGUAUGCCAAAUUUUUUUGUCACCAUCUACUCGAUGACAAUAGUUAUGUGUUUCACCUAAUGGAAGUUGUACAAUAUGUAUUUAAUAGACUUCUUAGAAAUCAUGUCUCAUUAAAUGAAAUUUACUGGUACAUCUCACGUAAGAUACAUGGUAUUUAUGAAAAUGCAAAUUUAUAGAUUACUACUAGAAUAGUACACUUGUACAAAUUAAUUUCAAAACUUUUGAAUUGUACAAAAUUUCACAUUAUUUAUUUAUCACUGUGCCUUUUUUAUUAUGAAAAUCAUGUCUGGAUGUCCUGUGAUACGGUUAUUAAUUGGAAUCGCUUUGUGUCAAAUUUGUAUUUGAUUAUUUAUCUUAAAUCUGAACCCAUGUGAUCAACUUAUAUUUAAAUUGAAAAAUGUACUUAUACAUGCCAUCAUGUUUUAUUAAUGUUCAAAGACAGGACAUCUGUCAAAAUAUAUUUUUUAAUUUAUUCUCGAUGGGAAUGUGCAUGUAUGUAUCCUUUGACAUGCUCUUUUCAAAGAGGUCACUCUGACAGACCAGAAAUGCAUUGUCCCACUUUGCAGAAGACAAAGUCUUGUGGCAAAAUUGCCACAGCUUUGUCUGCUUGAUAGACCGAAGGUUUUAUCAGUCAAAAGGCUCCAUAGUCUAAAUACAAAAAUCUCACUCAUUGUAUGCCAAUUAUGUAGGAAAAUUGUAACCACGUGUACAACGCCAACAGAUGCAUGUGCGUGCGAUGUGCAAAUGUUUUACACUCAUGCGCGUACUGAUCCAAAUAUCUUUGAAACCGGCGCAGCCUAUAGGUGAAAUGAAAAUGACAUAGCUGGCAUUGUGCCCUUUGAGGAUUUUUGUAGAGUAUGCAAAUGUAGGGGGUGUAACUAAUAAAAGAAAUUUGUACA